CGCGUUUUCCUCUCUAAACCCGCAUUUCCCAUCGUACAACGAGCGAGCGGAUCAUACGGUCAUGGACGUUGUGCCUCUCCCGCUGCUGCUCGGCUCCCUGGCCGUGUCCGCCGCCGUGUGGUACCUUGUGUACUUCCUCCGCGGCGGCAGCGGCGGCGACGCGGCGAGGAAGCGGCGGCCUUUGCCACCCGGGCCACGCGGGUGGCCCGUGCUGGGCAACCUGCCGCAGCUCGGCGACAAGCCGCACCACACCAUGUGCGCCCUGGCGCGGCAGUACGGCCCGCUGUUCCGGCUCCGGUUCGGCUGCGCCGAGGUGGUGGUGGCCGCGUCGGCGCCCGUGGCUGCGCAGUUCCUGCGCGGGCACGAUGCCAACUUCAGCAACCGCCCGCCCAACUCGGGCGCCGAGCACGUCGCGUACAACUACCAGGACCUCGUCUUCGCGCCCUACGGUGCUCGCUGGCGCGCCCUGCGGAAGCUGUGCGCGCUCCACCUCUUCUCGGCCAAGGCGCUCGACGACCUCCGAGCAGUCCGGGAGGGCGAGGUCGCGCUCAUGGUGAGGAACCUCGCUCGGCAGCAGGCGGCGUCAGUGGCGCUGGGGCAGGAAGCGAACGUCUGCGCCACGAACACGCUGGCCCGCGCCACCAUCGGUCACCGGGUGUUCGCCGUCGACGGCGGGGAAGGCGCAAGGGAGUUCAAGGAGAUGGUUGUGGAGCUGAUGCAGCUCGCCGGCGUUUUCAACGUCGGGGACUUCGUGCCGGCGCUCCGGUGGCUCGACCCGCAGGGCGUCGUGGCAAAGAUGAAGAGGCUGCACCGUCGGUACGACAACAUGAUGAACGGAUUCAUCAACGAAAGGAAGGCCGGGGCGCAGCCCGACGGGGUCGCCGCUGGCGAGCACGGCAACGACCUUCUAAGCGUGCUGCUGGCGAGGAUGCAGGAGGAGCAGAAGCUGGACGGCGACGGCGAAAAGAUCACCGAAACUGACAUCAAAGCUCUGCUCCUGAACCUAUUCACUGCGGGGACGGAUACGACAUCGAGCACGGUGGAGUGGGCACUGGCGGAGCUGAUCCGGCACCCGGACGUCCUCAAGGAGGCCCAGCAUGAGCUUGACACCGUCGUCGGUAGGGGUCGUCUCGUGUCCGAGUCUGACCUUCCACGCCUCCCCUACCUCACCGCGGUGAUCAAGGAGACGUUUCGGCUUCACCCGUCAACGCCGCUCUCACUGCCUCGGGAGGCUGCAGAGGAGUGUGAGGUGGACGGCUACCGUAUCCCCAAGGGCGCUACCCUCCUAGUCAACGUCUGGGCUAUAGCCCGUGACCCGACCCAAUGGCCCGACCCGCUACAGUACCAGCCUUCUCGGUUUCUCCCCGGCAGGAUGCAUGCAGACGUGGAUGUCAAGGGUGCUGAUUUCGGCCUGAUACCAUUCGGAGCAGGACGGAGAAUAUGCGCUGGCCUUAGUUGGGGCUUGCGGAUGGUCACACUGAUGACUGCCACGCUAGUGCACGGGUUCGACUGGACCUUGGCUAACGGCGCGACUCCGGACAAGCUCAACAUGGAGGAGGCCUAUGGGCUCACCUUGCAGAGGGCCGUGCCGUUGAUGGUCCAGCCCGUGCCAAGGCUGCUUCCAUCGGCUUAUGGAGUAUAAAACCGGUCUACUUACUAGUACCACUUUAAAUUAAGGUCAGAAAUCGGUGGAGACUACUUGCAGUGUUGGCCGCAUUAUAUGACGUAUUAUUUUGUUUUGUUUGUUGGUGGAAAAAUAAAGUAGUCUAUCUCAGUGUUAUCUGGCACUAAAGGAACUCUAGAAAUGGUGGCAAAAUAGAGUACUAUCGUGGAAUCAUAAAAAAGGAUUAUUUGGUGUAUAAUACAGAAAAAUUUAUGAACACGCUGGUAUAUAUGAGUUA